UUUCAAAAUCUUAUUUUAAAUCAUUCGAAAAACGUCAAAAGUUGUUCUGAAUUUGUUAAAUACAAAAUAUUUGUAAAUAAGACAUUAAAACAGUUAUUUUUGAUAAGCAUUAGACCAUUAAUUAUCUCAAGAAAAAAUGAGCAUUAAUGGUGACAUUAAGGUUUUAAUUACAUAUUCAAAUGAAAGUAUUCUGGUUAUAAAAACAUGUUCUUGGCGCUGGUUGAUAUUAGCAUUAUAUAGCAUUACAGCAUUUUCAAAUACAUUGGUAUGGUUAAGUUUAUUUACAAUUACUGAUAUUAUUUGUGCUUUUUACCAAAUCGAUCAAGAAAUAUUUUUGUGGUCAUCUAAUGCUUUUACUUUAAUGCAAGUUUUUUUAGCAGUUCCAGCAUCUCUUUUGCCUUCUAGAGUCGGUUUACGUUGUACAAUGGUUUUGGCAUCAUCUGUUAAUGCAAUUGGAGCAAUUUUUCUAAUAGGAGGAACUAAUCGCAAUGGUUUUCCAUACUUUGUCACUGGUCAAACCAUAAUAGCUAUAGCUGCAAGUAUAUUACCACAGUUAGCACCUGAAGUUUCUGCUGUUUGGUUUAGCGAACAUGAGCAAGCUAUAAGUACUAGUCUUGGUGUUAUUCUUGGAAAUGCUGGUGCUGCAGUUGGAUUUUUACAACCUGCAUUACUUCUAAAAAAUGUGAACCCAGUUACUGAUAUGUUUUUUAUAAACAAAAAAAUCAAACAGUUAGUUUAUUCACAAGCAGCUUUAUGCUGCUUUCUUUUUUUACUAAUAAUGAUAUUUUUUAAAGAUAAGCCAAAAAACCCUCCAUCAAGAUCUGAAGCUAAGAGAAUAGCUGCUGAUAAAUUAACAAUAAAUAUGUUAAAAGAACAAUACAAAGUACUUUUUAAAGAUAAAAACUAUCAUCUAUGUGGAAAUUCAUAUGCACUAAACAGUGUUUUACUUAUAGCUAUACCAGUGUUUGUUAAUGAAAUUAUAUCUUGGAAAUUCCAAAAUCAGUAUAUUGCAAUAGGAUGGUUAGGUUUUGGAGGAAUUCUCAUUGGUAUAUUAGGAAGUGUUGUGUUUGGUAUAAUACUUGAUAAAACUCAAGCCUAUAAAAAAAUAUCAAUAUUUUUAGCAACUGCAAGUUUAUUGUUUUGGGUAGCUUUUACAGAAUCGUUAGUCCAAUAUAACAGUAUAGUAAUAACUUUUACAUUAUUUAUAAUUAGCACUUUUUUUUUUAUUCCCUUUGGGCCAAUGUUAGUUGCACUCAUAGCAGAAAUUACUUAUCCAAUAUCAGAAAGCUCUUCAUAUGUUUUUCCAAUUACGUUAGGACGUUUUUACAGCAUUCCUUUUGUGUUUUAUUGUGGAUGGCUUGUUAAAGGUAAAAAGGUGCAUAUUGUUUGUUUAAGCAUUGCUUUUCUUCUUCUUAUUUGUUUAAUUUUAAUUGUAUUUGUAAAAGUUGAACAAAAAAGAAAGAAAGCAGAUAGAAGCCAAACAGUGAUAAGUACUUUAGAAACCUAGUUUAUUAAUAUUAUUACAUGUUUUUUU